GUCAGAAACGCCAAUGAGAAUGAGCUUAAAAUCACAAUGGCGUCGAAGUCCAUCUUCUAUUUGAGUUCAUUUAUCGUUCCAGUAGGUGGCAGCAUUACAUCUUUUCUGGUGAAACUGAAAGCGAUCGGUUGUUUUUGGCCGAGCAACGAAGAUCGGUCUUCGGAACAGAAAGCAGUGGGGUGUGUGUUACCACACGGAGCCAGAACACCACUACAGUCAUGGUGGAUCAGCAAACGGUGUUGCAGUUCUUAACUGAAGUGGAGGAAGCGGCGGAAGAAGUAUUGGCUGAUAAACAGCAGAUGAUCGACUUGGAUAAAAAGAGGAAUCGUAACAGAGAAGCACUAAGAGUCCUGCAGAAUGACGGAGAAUCCAGUAAGGUAAAGAUGUGCUUUGGCAAUAUGUUUAUAAAAUUACCAAAAGAAAAGGCAAUUGAAAUGAUAAAGAAAGAUCAGCAGCAGCUUGAACAAGAGAUAAAUACUUUGCAAAAUCAAUUGACAGCAAAAGUAAACCACCUAAAUGAUUUACAAGGAAAACCAGAACUUAAAGGAUUUAAUCUCGUUCCACUAACAAAAGAUGAGAUGCAGGCUGUAGCAAAGGUGUUCCAAAGAAGUUCUUAAUUUUUUUAAGAACAGAUCUGCUUGAAGAAGAACUUUUGGGGUUAGGCUAUUUUUAUUGUAACAGUAUUUGUCAGAAAUUACUAAAAUUAUUUAAAAACGAGAGAUGUAAAUGUCUGUUUAUUUGAGAUGGGUUUGUUCAGAACACUGAAAAAUGUAUUUUUGAUUGAUGUAUAUAUGGAAAGUUUCAUGUGUAAUAUACAAAAGGAGAGAAAUGGUAUAGAGAUAAAAGUACAUAUUUUAAUAAAUCGGAUAUAAUUUGCAUACAAGAUCAUAAAAAUGGAUGUUAACAUUCUUUCAGAAUGCUAUUUUUUGAUUUACUACAAACUCCAAUAAAGUAAGGAUUUUGAUUUCUGUA